AUGUACCUGAUAGUCCGCGUUGACAACCCUGCGACUGUCAAUCGGGAUGCAACCUCAACACCAAAGCCGAUCUGGGAAGACGCCGAUGGGAAUAAACUGACUUUGAAAAAGGUCUGGGCAGAUGCCAACGGGAAAGAAAUCGACGAUGAGGAAUACCAGGUUCGGAAACGGCGUAUGAAGGAGCGUGAAGAGGCAAGGUCAGACGAGGCCAACUCCUCUUGCUGUGGUUCUUGGAAGCCGAAUGCCGAACCGGAGUCGCCCAAGGGAGGCUGUCGACAUCGUCAAAACGUUACUGCGAUACAGCCUCAUCCUGGCCUUCUGAAAUCUGAUCUCGACCGUGUCCAGAGGCAUCAACCUGAAACAGUGGGUGAAUCAUGGAAGUCCAGCUGUUCUUGCGGAUCGGGCUGUUCCUGCCUUUACUGCCCUGAUCAUCCCAACAACGCAACAUCGAUUAAUCACACCCAGCAACAAGUCAAGAACCUCGCAGAACAAGCAUACAUGGGAAAUGAAAUUCUGACACCGGUCCCUCCAAUGCUCCAAAACAAUCCAAGGUCGUGUAUGGGCGGACAACCAUCAUUUUUCCUCUCGAGAACCCCCGAUGUUUCUCAACAUCAGCUUCAGCAGUUCUUUUCUGAUACCCUCAACCCAAACGCCAUCUACUUGACAUACCCGAUCCAGCAGCAUUCUUGGACCAGCCGACCCGUCACUUCACACUGUUCACAUGUACAGUCACCGCCCGGCGGGCUUAGGGGGUCUCCAAACGACGUAUAUACUGAGCCACUGAUAGACACCCCAACUCCUUGGGAUCUUCUACCGAAUGAACCCAAUGGGACGUGGAAUUUCUCAGAUGGUCAGCUCGGCGACAACUCCUUCAGCUGGACAGAUCUUGAGGCUUCCUAUGGAACCGAUUAUGCUAUUGGGCAAGCACGAGUGGCGUCCAUGCCAAACACACAUGAUCUUCCUAUUUUCCAGCCUCAACCGGUCCCACAAACACCAUCAAUGAGUGCAGAUAUCUCCUCUAUCACGAGCCCUCCUUUACUAAGUGGAUUCCCUGAGGCACUGCCGGCGUUCGAUUCCCAUGACCCAUUUACCCAAAUUCCAUCCAGUCAAAAUGUCCCGGCGAACGUUUUCAGCUCUAGUACGCUCGCCGGCUUUUCGACCUCCACUCUGCCCACCUUUCCUAUCUCCCACGCCACUGACCUUAAUUUACCCGAGCCUGCUACACAGCUCAGCACGCAAACAAGUCAUGUCGAUGGUGGCCCCCAAACGUGGAAUGGGAGUGGCUUCGCUUUCUUUCAAGAGGGUCAUACCGGCUCCGACUUGAUUGAAAAGCCAACACCGCAUUCGCCACCGAUCGCGAGUAAUGCUCUGUGA